GCACUCAGCUGCAAGCUGCAGUGACACUGCAAUGGCUGAGGGGCGGCUGCUGGAUCUUCGCAAUGAGAUCAUUCUCCCCGGAGGGAGCAGGAUUUACAGUGCAUCACCCAGCAACUGCAGCCUUCUUGUGAAAUUCAUCUUUAGCUUCUCCUCAGUUAGGCUGGUCUGAUUCUUCACUUUGGGGGUGUGUACAUGGAACAGCCUACAGGUUUUAAAAUGAAGUGCACUGCAUACAAGGAAUGGUACUAUCCUCAGGUAAAGCAGACAAGCAGUGUGCAUCAUGACGGAGCAUGCCUGUGAGGGACUGUCUUUCCAUCUGAGAUCAUGCUGGAGGGCUCACACUUGAUUCCAUGAGAUUUUGGACCUCCAGCCCCUACCAGGACUGCCCUCGUCAAGCAGAUGUUUGUGGGAGAGGAAUGGUGUUAGUCCCCAGCACUGUCGCCUUCGCUGCCCUGAACUGUUAAGCCUCUUUACUUGUGCUUGGACAGGGAGUAGUGCUGCUCUGUUGUGGUUUUGUCUGAGUCAUGAUGAAUAAACCAAUGCAUUGAAGGUCAUCGUCCAAAAAGAUUGUUAUCCACAUUAAUAAGGCAAGUAAGAAAAUGUAGUGGGACGGAGGCAAGGACGAGAAGCCCCAAGCGAGCGCUGGGACGAGGGCCUCCGGGCUGGACUCCCCUCUCUGCCGCGCGGCCUCAUCAUGUCCAAGAAGGGCACCAGCAGCCGAGCUAGGGGGGAGAAGCUGGACGCCUUGGCUGCCUUGCAGGCUGCCAAUGAAGAGCUCAGGGCCAAGCUCACCGACAUCCAAAUAGAGCUCCAGCAAGAAAAGAGUAAGGUCAGCAAGUUGGAAAGAGAGAAAAAUCAGGAAGUUAAGCAGAUCAAAGAACACGAACAACAUAAAAGUACAGUGGUGGUAACAGAGCUCAAAGUCAAACUUCAUGAAGAGAAAAUGAAGGAACUCCAAGCUGUUCGAGAAGCACUUUUGAGACAGCACGAAGCUGAACUACUUAGAGUAAUAAAAAUUAAAGAUAAUGAAAUCCAGAGACUACAGACCCUUCUCAAUGCUGUACGCGAUGGGGCUCCUGACAAGGUGAAAACGGUGCUGCUCACAGAGGCAAAAGAGGAGGCCAAGAAGGGGUUUGAAGUUGAGAAAAUAAAAAUGCAGCAAGAAAUUUCAGAGCUGAAGGGGGCUAAGAAACAAGUGGAAGAGGCUUUAACUAUGGUCAUCCAGGCUGACAAAAUUAAAGCAGCGGAGAUAAGGAGUGUGUAUCACCUGCAUCAAGAGGAAAUCAGCAGAAUUAAGAGGGAGUGUGAGAGAGAAAUUCGUAGACUGAUGGAGGAGAUUAAGUUUAAAGACAGAGCAGUCUACGUGCUGGAGAGAGAGUUAGGGGUUCAAGCCGGGCAUGCUCAGAGACUGCAGCUCCAAAAGGAGGCUUUAGAUGAACAACUUUCCCAGAUCAAAGAGUCUGAUCGGCAUCUGAGCAGCCCCAAGCGGGAACUUCCUUAUGCAAGUGGUGCAGGAGACGCUUCAGAUCAUUCAGGAAGCCCCGAACAGCAGUUGGAUGAAAAGGAUGCCCGGCGUUUCCAACUUAAAAUCGCUGAGCUGAGUGCCAUCAUCAGAAAGCUGGAGGAUCGGAACGCUCUGCUGUCGGAGGAGAGAAAUGAGCUGUUAAAACGUCUUAGAGAAGCUGAAAGUCAGUAUAAGCCCAUUUUGGACAAAAAUAAACGCCUUAGUAGGAAGAAUGAAGAAUUGUCACAUGCCUUACGUCGAAUGGAAAAUAAAUUAAAAUUUGUAACACAAGAAAAUAUAGCAAUGAGGCAAAGAGCGGGAACAAUAAGGAGACCGAGCUCUUUAAAUGACCUUGACCACAGCCAGGAAGAAAGAGAAGUUGAUUUCCUGAGACUGCAAGUUAUUGAACAGCAAAAUAUCAUUGAUGAACUCUCCAAGACCCUGGAAACUGCUGGCUAUGUGAAGAGUGUCAUGGAACGUGAUAAGCUGUUAAGGUAUAGGAAGCAAAGGAAAAAAAUGACAAGAAUUCCUAAGAAGCCGGUUGUGGAGACGUUUUUUGGCUACGAUGAAGAAGCUUCCUUGGAGUCUGAUGGUUCCUCUAUCUCAUAUCAAACUGACCGGACGGAUCAAACCCCUUGCACUCCUGAAGAUGACUUGGAAGAGGGCAUGGCCAAGGAAGAGACAGAACUGCGGUUUCGGCAGCUGACGAUGGAGUACCAGGCUCUGCAACGAGCAUACGCCCUAUUGCAAGAACAGGUCGGAGGAACAUUGGAUGCAGAACGAGAAGUUAAGACACGUGAGCAGCUCCAAGCAGAAAUACACCGGUCUCAGGCUCAGAUAGAAGACCUGGAGAAGGCCCUUGCUGAGCAGGGACAGGACAUGAAGUGGAUUGAGGAGAAGCAAGCAUUGUACAGAAGAAAUCAAGAACUGGUAGAAAAGAUAAAACAAAUGGAAGCCGAGGAAGCUCGCUUAAAACAUGAUGUCCAGGAUGUUAAGGAUCAAAACGAGCUCCUGGAGUUCAGGAUCUUGGAGCUUGAAGAGAGAGAAAGACGAUCGCCUGCCAUCAACUUCCAUCACGGCCCUUUUACAGAGGGGAAAAGCCCUCUCCAAGUCUACUGCGAGGCAGAAGGUGUAACAGACAUAGUAGUAGCAGAGCUGAUGAAAAAAUUGGACAUUUUAGGGGAUAACGCCGUAAGUAAUCUGACCAACGAAGAGCAAGUAGUUGUCAUACAAGCAAGGACAGUUCUCACGUUGGCUGAAAAGUGGCUACAGCAGAUAGAAGUGACGGAGUCUGCGCUGCAGCAGAAGAUGCUGGACCUUGAGAAUGAAAAGGAGCUGUUCAGCAAGCAAAAGGGCUACCUGGAUGAUGAGCUCGACUUCAGGAAACAGUCCUUGGACCAAGCUCACAAGCAAAUUCUGGAAUUAGAAGCCAUGCUCUAUGAUGCCCUGCAGCAAGAAGCUGGAGCCAAAAUUUCCGAACUUCUUUCAGAAGAGGAGAAAGAGAAACUGAAGAGCGCCGUAGAGCAAUGGAAGCGGCAGGUCAUGAGUGAGCUCCGGGAAAGGGACGCCCAAAUCCUGCGAGAAAGGAUGGAGCUCAUUCAACACGCACAGCAGAGAAUUAAAGAGCUAGAAGAAAGAAUUGAAGGCCAAAAAAGACAAAUAAAAGAGUUAGAGGAAAAGCUUUCAUUCUUUGGUCAUAGUCCUUCAGGCCAUAUGCAAAAGCCUACUGAGGAAGCUACAGUUGCUUCUACUGUUAUCAACAGGAAGACAGCAUUGAUUACCAAGACAGAAAAAGAGACAUUGCCAUUUCAAAACCCCCAAAUAUCUCUUAUAUUUUGCUACUGGCGAUGGAAGAUGCAAUCUUUCUGACCCUUUCAGACUGAAGCUGAACUAGGGUAUGUGGAAAAUUCUGCACAGGUGAUGUCUGCACCACUGUAAUAUCUGACUGAGCAUUUUGAAAAGCUAGAACUAAGCUGACAAAGAAGAAAGCCAAAAAACCCCUCCCUCUCCUACAGCCACAGGCUCCUUCCCGGAGUCCUGGCUCUGCUGCUUGAACUAACUUUCAGUGGAAGUUCUGGCUCUGCUGCUUGAAAUAGCUCUCAGCUUUACGUAAGGAGCGGUAUACUAAUUCAGAUAAACUGAAUAUAUUUUGGUUCCCUGCUAAGCAGGUAGUAAAUUGCUUCUCUGUAGAAGUGACCGUGUCCUGUUUUAUAUGUCACGCAUUUAUAUUUGUUAUUCAUAGUUGUUUAAAAAUCAGUCUUGAAAGAAGAUUUUAGGAAGAGUUCCAGAGGAGUAACUCAUGAAAAGAUAGAUGUGAAUGAAAAUGAAGUGUUUUGUUCCAAGGUAUUUCUUCAUAACACAGGGUAUGUCCGAUGGUUUGUUGAAUAUCCCGCAAGCCCAGUUUUAGGGAAAAAUGUGAAGCUAUGUUCAGGAAAUCAAGUUGUAAUUUUUUGGGGAGUUUUCAGUAGACCAUGGCCCACAGCACAAUGAGAAAAAUGGCACAAUAAUUUAUAAUUUGCUGUCCCUGAACAAUGACAAAAGGCUUAACAUUGUCCCAGCAAAAAGUUCGACCUGGAAAAGAGUGAACAUAAACCACAUUAUCCCUGAUCCAUACACUCUGGGCUGGGGGAGGCAGCAAGAGGGAACAGAUUUUAUCACCUUAAUUCAAGGGAGCACAAGUACUGCAGAACUCAAGCCCAGGAGGCUGGCGCAGGAGCAGGGAAGGAAAAUGGAUCCUCUAGAAAAACAGGUGAAAGAGGGAAAAUCCAGAAGAAAUCCCACAGUGUGAUUCACCAUAUGGGAACUGCAGCCAAGCACACAAACCUGAGGCUGUCGGGGAAGGCCAAGAACAAGUUCCUGUCUGCAGCUUUCCACAGCUGUGGUGCAGUGAAGGUCCCCAAGGCACAGGAUGCGGUGGAGGAUCUGCCCAUCCCUUGGAAGCAUGAGGCAGAAAGCAAAACGAGAGCUCCUGACAGUGAUACUGCAUGUGGAUCUAGUGGGAAAGGAAAGGGAAAACAAAGAGGAAGCCUAGCCCAUUUUUUCUUAACACGGAAAUGAAAUUCCACCUUUGUAUUCUCAGCAUGGAUGAUAACUGGGAAGACAGGAGAGCAUUCGCAUUCACAGGUACGAGUGACAAAGCUUGUGGUUUCCCAGGUGAGGGUGGGAUCCAGCCCCAAGGCCUGCAGCGUUUGUGCGAGGGCUCUCUGGAACUGUGGUUUCCUGUAGCAUAUGAUAAGGGACCCAGGAGACAGAUUUAUUGGCCCACCUACAUCUUGCAGAGGGCAGCUGGGUUCCAGGCAUGUUCAAGUUUCGCAGACGAUCAAGAGCCUCAGGCUUGUACCUGCAGGCUCUUGGUCGGGAGAGAGGGGUGGUCUGCUUUAGAAACACCUCCAGCAUCUCUUGCCCUCCCUGCAGUGCCCAGGGUGCCCGAAGGACUGGCCAGCAAUGCCACCGCGCAGCACCAGGCUGGGACCAGCACCAGUACGAGCCCAGGCUCACGAAAAGUGUUCAGCUGACGGGUGCUGGGGACUGAAGCCACCAGCUCAGCUUUCUGAAAAAAAAUCCCUUUGGCAGGAGCUUGCAUGGUCAGAGAAUGAUAACUGUGAUCCUUUUAAAAUAAGCAAACGUCAGCCCUCCAGACAGUGCCCCAGACAGCAUUUAAGUGACAUUUGAAAUGGCAGUGGACAUGAUCUUCAGUACCUCCACCGCUUCCAAAACUUGUGCUGAGUUUAUAAAGCUAUGAAGAAAAUCCCUUGAUACUGAAAUUCUAAAAACUCUCCAGAUACUUGUACGUCAGUCAUCUGUUUUAAACCGGACAGUGUAAACAGCAAAGGGAGCUAAACUACAAAAAUGUAAGAAAACAGAUUGUUCAGAAAAGCGUUAUAUUUGUACUGAAGUAAUAUGACAUUUCAAAUCAAAGGUUAUGGAUUUUGAUAUCAGCAUAUGAUUAUAUUAUAAAAGUAAUUUUAACAAAUUCCAAUCCUACCAGACAAAAAUACCAAUAGUGGGGUUACACUGAUGAGCUACAUUUUUACGUUAGCAUUUCAUGCUUAAAACACAUGUCCAUUCUGAGUUCUACUUAAAUACACUUAAAGUCUUAAAAUAUUUUAUUUAGUUGGAAGAACUGCAAACAACAGUUGAGGUAACUGUCUGCAGUCUAAGGCAUUACUGAACUCUCGCUGGAAAUCUGCAGGAACGUGCUGUGCUGGCAUCUCUGAAACGCCUUAAGGGAAAGGCCUGAAGAUGCAGCCCUGCCGUCCCGGGGGAGCACGGGAGUCGGGGAGCUGCUGGGGUGUGGAUGUGCGCGGUACCCGGUGCACUGCUGGGGACUGGGAACGGUGACGACGAGCGCGUUCGGAAGUGGUUUGGAUCCGUUUCAUCGCUGUUUACUCAGGCCGUGCUUUUGCACAUGGUGUGUAUGUGUCUGGAAUUUCAGUUCCAUUUCCCAUUAAUUAGACUUUCUUAAUCAUGUUUUUUUUUAAUUGAAAAGCUAACUGUACAGGACAGGCACACGUGUAAAUAAGGGAUUAUGCUUAUGUACAUGUUAAUAUUUAUAUGUAAAAAGAUAUGUACAUAGGAAAGAAAAAAAUGGCUCCAAGAAUGUUUUCAAAACUGUUUUUCUUACAAAUGCACAGACAGGAACGUUACAUUAAUGUGCUCCUUAAUUUCAACAUAAGGGUCUCCACUCAAUUUUCAGUCACUUUGCGUUUGAUCCCACUGGUGUUUUGUACGAUGAGUUUGUACAAUGAGUCCUUGACCGUGGCACGGAGCCGUUCUGGAGACAGUGCCACCCUUCAUCUGUGAGACGAGCUGUGUCAGAUCUCGUUUGCUGUUUUCUCACCUCUAGGUUGUGCGCAUCUUUUAAAAACACAGUCUCAAAGCCACAGGACCGUGGCAGGGGUGGGCAUCACCCUGAUCUGGGGCUUUCUCCUGCAGCCCCUCCGUCCCUCGGUGCAGGUGUAACACAGCAGCGGAAAGGUGGGGUUUGCAGCCCGGGGAGGGACCCCAGCCCUUCUCAGGCUGGCGAGUGCUGGCUCCUCGGGCCAGCAGCCCUAACUCAGGGGCUGCCAACCACUCUAGUUUCUCACCCGUAAGCAUCUUUUAUAAAUUCCCCAGAUGUCCUUCAAAUAACGACACGACAGGGGCCAGAUAAACCAAGUGCAUCAUGAGGUGCGUUACUGAUGCGGCACGAUCGCUACAUUUCGCCUGCAAGAAACGUUAGCUGUGUGUGUGUCGGCGCGUUAGCUCAGACAGGCAGAGUUUCUGAAGGAGCACCGAAGCGGUCAGGAUGCUCCCUGCCCGCGUCCCGCUGCCGUGGUACGGGCCGGCUGCUGCCUGCGCAGAGCAACACGUCUAAACUGAAAUCCAUUGGAACUGCAGCUUGCUUUGUCGACAGCCGUGCGUUGUGUGUUUCAGGCCUGUACUUCUCGCUCAAGCUGUUGGAGGACUGUGGCUAUUCUUUAAAGUAUUCUGCUUUAGUAAUAUCUGUAGCCUUCAGUGUAUCCUCGAGUGCCUUACACAGCUUGGGAACAAAACUCCUGACCAUGAAGACAAAAUGCCCCCGGGGGUCCCCCUGGGGGGAUGGAGGCCAGCUCCCUUUGCACCCCGAAUGCCGCCACCACCUCGCGACAGGCAGCGGGCGUUAGCACAGAAAUGGAUUUAGUUUAGACUCAGGAAAUUGUAUUGUGAAUAUGUGUAUCAAACCCUGUACUUAUGUAUUGUACAUUUUAUAAAAAGGAACUAUUGUAAACUUAUGCAAAACGUAAACCAGAGAAAAUGUUUUUUUCCAAUGGCCAGCGUGCCGUGACUUGUGCGCUCUAAUAUAACCCUGACGACCGUACCCUAAAUACGUAAUGUUUGGUUCAGUGCUGAAACAGUAAUUGACAGGCCUAAAAUAGGGCUGGAUUGAUCAAUUACAGAAUUUUACACAUAUUUUUGUAUUGUGAUUCAUAUGAUAUAUAUCGAGAGACUUUCUAUUCAUUUGUAAAAUACAUAAAUUAUUGUAAGCUUUUAAUAAAAAGAUCUGUUUUAAACCUU